AGUGACCUUCUUACUCCGCGUCGGAGACUCUCAGAGAUGCCGCCUCAGAGCAGAGGGGGAUCGCCUGCUCUAGGACCACGUCCCUACUCAAAAUCGGAUGCGCUUCCACCCACCCUGCGACCCUACCUAGAAAACCUUCCUUCCCCAACCGCAUUAAUCCCCAAUGAUCAACGCACUCCGACCGGCCCUCGCAUGACCAUCCCGGACCGCGACAUCUCAACGCCGACGCCAAGCCCUCAGAGGUCUCGAGCCGCAACUGCGUUCGAACUUGGUGCCGAAGAUAAAGAAGGGAGCGAAGACGGAGACGCAGGUGCACUUGGCUCAGGCGGAAGAGCUUCGCCCUUGGAGGAGAUCGGACACGAACAGGACGGUAUCGACCUUGAUGUGGCAGGGGUGACUUUAGACGACGACGAUUUCGAGUCGCACUACUCUCGUCAGGAGUCUUCGGAAUCAGAAGAUGAAGGAGAAUUAGUUGAGGCCGAGGGUGAAAUAGUCUCUCACGAGAACUACAACGACGAAGAACGAGAAGAGGAUCAAAAUGGUGCUGCUGGCCCAGGAGAACAUCUGCCGUCGGCUUCAGAAAGGCCAGAGUCGUUAUCUCGUGUGCGCUCAUUGCCUGCUCGACCAACGAUCUCACAGACAUCAGGGCAUUCCCAACCGCAGCAUCAGAGAGAGGGCUUGCACACCUCACAGUCCACCACAGCUCUCCCACCUCCACCACCGCCUCCGCUGUAUCCUCCAUUCUACAAUCGACCCCCGACUCCCCUACCACCUUCUCCCAGCUUAACUUCUCUCCUCCGUCCCCCGUCCUUGCUCAACCGGUCGACUGCCUCAACUCGGCCCACCACACCAGACAGUUCGGAUGUGGAGACGCCCAACGACACCGAAGCAGCUGUCGCACAUUCAGCUCGGCGCGCUCACCCGGUACCGCCAACAUCACCCAAAGUUCCCACGUACGAGUACUACGGCUUUGUCUUAUACCUGGCCUCGACUCUCGCCUUUCUGAUCUAUAUCCUCUGGUCGUAUCUCCCGUCUCCUUUCCUUCACGCUCUAGGGAUAACCUAUUACCCGAACAGAUGGUGGUCCCUCGCCAUACCUGCCUGGAUUGUAAUGCUUCUUAUUUUCAUCUACGUUGCCCUUUUGAGCUAUAACGUCGAAUACCUUACUCUUCCUCUGACAAGCCUGGAAUGCAUGGUCGAUGCGACUGCAAAUGUGGCGAUACUUGACGAGUCGGGACGAAUUAGGAAAGGGGGGAGCAAAAGGCUGGUAAAGGAGUUGGAAGAUCGAGUCAGGCUUGAGCGGGAGAUGGAGAGCGUAAGAACCAAGAGCGGCAAAGGCAGGAAGGCGUCCAAAACUGGAGUCGAAGCAUCUCAUCGAUCAAAGGAAAAGGGAAAGCGAAAGCCCUCUCGAACAAAUAUGGAUCAUCCAUCGCGAUCCGACCUUCGGGCCUGGGACUACCAGUCUACCACGUCUACUCAGCCUCCUGCCACGUCCUCUCUCCCCGACCACCGGCCUACGGCCAAUUCAUACAACUAUUCUUCAACGUAUCCUUUCAUCCCAGCAACUACGCAAUUAGCUCGUUCCCAGUACGAUUAUCAGACACAAGAAGCCUACCCCACGCACCCGAAUUGGAAGCUCGUUUGGAACGAAGGAACGGAUGCGGUUAUGGAUGUGCCUAUUGGCGGCGUUUGUGAGGUUCUGUAUGGCUAAAUGAGCUUCCGGACAGCAACGGCCGUUUCGUCAGUAUUCCCGCCUCAGAUGUUGGGACCAACGGUCCACUUGGAUUCUGUGAAGAAUAUUGUGCCACUUCUCAUACCGCUCCCAACAAGUCGCCACCAACGCUUGUGUUUGCGUCAUUGGCUAUGCGCCAGGCACAGCUAGAGUUUCGACUAUGCUAGCUAGGCAAAUCGAAUAGACACCCGCCACCAAUGUUAAGGAUAUACCAUUGGGGAGGACAUCAGAUCUUUGCAGCGGCCAUUGGCAACAAAUAUUGAAAGACUCGACCUGUACAAGUCCAUAUUUACCUUUUACGGAACGGCACACCUGUAACAGGACGGAUGGAACAGGUGUCCGAUCUCAAGUGGCCUUGGAGCUCAAUGGCUCCACACAUGCAUCAGAGCCGUCCGUUCGUCGACACCACGUCUUGCGCGAAAGAUGACUGCAUGGCCAGACCAUUGAAGCGAUUUGCCAUCGCUUUGAUAACAACCACAUAUCCUCUGCAGUGCUUGUUAUGUAAGGGAGCUUGCGUGUUUCGUAAGCCCGAUCUUUGAACCGCAGAUGCUAGCUGCAGACAACCUGGGGCGCGGACGAGCUAAAGGAUGCCAUUCAAAAGCUGUGGUCCUCAUUGAACAGGGGCAGAUUCACAUGGGCGGCGGGGACCGUCUCACAAGCGCGAACAACGCAGCUAGAGCCGCCCUCAACGCAUGCCACAGAACCGUUGAGUCGACUAGACUUCCGUGCCUAAUAACGACGUCGACUGGCCUGACACAU